AUGGAUGGCUCACCCGACACGUCGCCUGGGGGCAGUCGUGCUCCGCCUGAAACACCCCUCGAUUUUUUACCUGUUGAUCUAAAGGAGCCGAGAAACCCCGCGCUGCUGCAAGAACAUCAGGGAAUUGCGAUUUUGCAAAACAAUGGUGUUAGGGUGCCAGACUCAGGGGGUUGUCUGAGCGUUGAGCAGGUUAGAAAAGCUUGCCAAACAGUCGGAGGAGUUCACAUUGUCUUUUCUCCUGAAGAAGCAGAAAAUAAGGCUGGUCAAAUGAUUGGAUCUGAACUUGUGACCCUACAGACUGGUGCUGCCGGAAAACUUUGCAAAGAAUUGAUGAUUGUGAAAAGAAUGUUUCCACGACGUGAAUACUACUUCUCGAUUGCUUUGGAUCGGAGUGCUAGCGGUCCAAUGAUUAUCGGCUCCUCAAAGGGAGGUAUGAACAUCGAAGAAGUUGCUAAAACAGAUCCCGAUGCGAUUGUCAAGAUUCCCGUUGAUGCUAAAAUCGGAGUAACACCAGAAUUGGCUAAGGAAUGUGCACACAAGAUGGGAUUCAAGGAUGAUUGUGCUCGCCAGGCUGCUGAACUUAUUCAACAACUCUACAAGGUCUUUGCCAAAUCUGAUUGCACACUCCUCGAGAUCAACCCAAUGGCCGAAGAUGUAAACGGACAAGUGUUUUGUAUGGAUUGCAAGUUCUUGGUUGACGACAACGCCGAAUAUCGACAGCCCGAAAUUUUUGGCCUGCAAGAUGAAACUCAAAUGAAUCAACUUGAGGUUCGUGCUGCCAAGGCUAAUCUUAACUACAUCAAUUUGGACGGCAACAUUGGGUGCAUGGUGAAUGGUGCUGGGUUAGCCAUGGCAACGAUGGAUAUCAUCAAGCUUCACGGAGGUGAACCGGCAAACUUCCUUGAUGUUGGUGGAGGAGCAACAGUAGAACAGGUGUCAGAGGCUUUUAAAAUCAUCACCGCCGACAAGGAUAAAGUGGAUGCUAUUCUCGUGAACAUUUUUGGAGGAAUCAUGCGUUGCGACGUUAUUGCUCAAGGAAUCAUCAAAGCCGCCGAGGAACUUAAACUUAAAUUGCCGAUUGUUGUUCGGCUUCAAGGAACCAAAGUGGAAGACGCAAAGGCUUUGAUUGCCACUUCGGGCCUUAAGAUUUUGCCUUGUGACAAUUUGGACGAGGCCGCUAAAAUGGUGGUGAAGCUUUCAAAUAUCGUGCAAUUGGCCAGGGCGGCGUCGGUGGAUGUGAAUUUUCGCAAACUUGCACCG